AUGGGCAAGAUCUUCGGAUCAAAGGAGAUGCGCCUGCUCAUGCUAGGUCUUGAUGCCGCCGGAAAGACCACCAUCCUCUACAAGCUCAAGCUGGGCCAGGACGUCACUACUAUCCCCACCGUCGGCUUCAACGUCGAGACUGUCACGUACAAGAAUGUCAAAUUCAACGUCUGGGAUGUUGGUGGUCAAGAUAAGAUCCGUCCCUUGUGGAGGCACUAUUUCAGCGGCACCCAAGGUCUAAUCUUCGUAAUCGAUUCCUCUGACCGGGCAAGAAUGGAAGAAGCUCGACAAGAGCUCCAUCGCAUCAUAAACGACCGGGAGAUGAAGGACAGCCUGCUGCUCGUCUUCGCCAACAAACAAGAUCUGGACAAUGCCAUGAAACCCCAGGAGGUCACCGAAGCCCUCCAGCUCUCCAAACUCAAGGACAAAAUCUGGAUAGACAUUGUAAUUGAUAUGGGCCGGUUCUAUUCUCUUCAAUUCGACGUAGUAAUUAUCCGCAAGCUUCGCGACAAGUGA